CAAUAGCAAGCAUGCACAUACAUGUAUACAUUAUAUGAUGAAGGCGACCGUGAUGGAUUAUUAUGUAUCUUUAUGCAUUCGUCGUUAUUGGUUCCGAAGCUUGCAUUAAUUUUUAAUAGUUGCAAUGGAUAUUCGAUCUCGAACAUUGUUUGAAAAUUCAUUCUGAAUUCAGGAUGUUACCAGUGGUAUCCUGCAAUCUAUUUUUUCUGAUAACCAAGUUUUUUGAAGCGAAACCAACGCGAAGGGCAAGUAAAGGGUAAUUGAUUUCAAAUGUAUCCAAUGAUGGCCGUAGUCGCGGUCAUGUCACAUGAUUCAAAUUUGAUCACAAUCCAUCCGUAUCGCGUCCUCUUCGACUUUCGACCGGCAGCAUUGACUCUGUUCGCAGUGGACUUUAAAUCAUACUUUAAAUACCUAUAUUCGUACCGGUAAAAAGAGCAGACGACAGACCGUUUGCCGACCGAUGUCCGACAGAGCGACGUCGUCUGCUAUAGAAUACUUACGUUCGCAGUCAAAUCAAAUUUUAUUGUAACUUUAUCAGACGUUGAGGAAUUCUAUUCCCAUAUUUCUCCAUCUCAUCGGAACAUCGUUCAGUGAUAAUAAUUAACAUGCGAUGAGUUAAAUGUAGUGAAUCGGAAUGGAUCAAGUAAUAAUCAUUGUAGCAGCUGUCCACCUCUUUUACUGCCCGUUUACAAAAGUUGAAGAAAGUUUCAACUUACAAGCGAUGCACGACAUACUGUACCAUGGGUCUAACCUAACAGAAUACGAUCAUCACGAUUUUCCUGGAGUUGUGCCAAGAACAUUUCUGGGUCCAAUCUUCAUCUCUGGGAUUGUAGCACCUUUUGCUGCAGCUGUUGAUCACUUGAAUAUGAACAAAUUUUGUGUUCAAUAUAUUGUGAGAGCUGCAUUGGGUUUAACAGUUAUCGCUACUCUGCGACUGUAUAGACAAGCACUACAGUUGAUAUUUGGUCAACAGUUCAUGAAAUGGUUUGUUGCAAUCACUGUAACACAGUAUCAUUUCAUGUAUUAUCUGAGCCGUCCUUUGCCAAACAUUAUGGCUAUGCCAUUAGUUCUAAUCGCUCUCUAUGGAUGGCUAAGACAAAACCCUACAAUAUUCAUUUGCUCUUCGGCAGCAGCAAUCAUUAUAUUUAGAGCUGAGCUGGCAAUGCUCUUAGGAUUAUUUUUAUUACACGACUUAGUCAAUAAGAAACUCACCAUAUCGAGAUUGCUCAGAAUAGCAAUUCCUGCAGGUAUAUUCCUCCUAGGACUCACAGUGAUUGUGGAUUCCAUAUUCUGGAAUCGUUUUGUUUGGCCUGAGGGUGAGGUCUUCUACUUUAAUACCAUUCUCAACAAAAGUAAUCAGUGGGGCACAUCACCAUUUCUUUGGUACUUCUAUUCCGCCUUGCCCCGUGGCCUGGCAUUCUCGUACGUUCUCAUACCACUAGGGAUGUUAUGGGACAAUAGAGUACGUACUCUUACAAUUCCAGGCAUUUUUUUCGUCUUAUUAUUCUCAUUUUUGCCUCACAAAGAACUGAGAUUCAUUAUCUAUGUCUUCCCGCUUCUGAACGUUGGAGCAGCCGCAGCUUGUCACAGGAUAUGGGAAAAUAGAGCAAAAUCCUCAUGGCAUGGAUUUUUGGCACUGGCCGUUCUGACUCACAUAUUUUUAAAUGCCAUCUUCUCCAUGUUCCUGCUCUGCGUAGCUGGCGCAAACUAUCCGGGAGGUUCAGCUAUUGCCAGGCUACAUCGAUUAGAGCGAGAGUCAUUUGAGCCAGUUCAUGUUCAUAUUGAUGUGCUAACGGCACAGACCGGUGUUUCUAGAUUUACACAAACUAACAAAUCCUGGAUAUAUUCCAAGCAAGAAAAUAUAAACGUCGAUAGUCCAGAAAUGUUGCAGUUCACACAUCUGCUCAUGGAAGCUAAGAGUAAAUAUUCACCAAAUAUAAAACCCUACAUGAAAACCCAUGACAUAUUAGACUCUGUGGACGGUUUUUCACACAUAGUGUUAAACUACAACGGUAUGUCACCUAUAAAAAUUAAAACAAAACCGAUGAUUUUCAUAAUGAAGAGAAAACCGAAUACCAAAUAUGAUCCGACGAAAGACAGAAUCAAAAGGGAUACAAACGAUGGAUCAACAAGCAUUGAUGACGAAAAUGUCGUUUUAACUUCUGAAAUUCCUGGGGAAGACUUGGAUCAAAUGGGUAUGAUAUUUGAAGACAUUGAGGCAUCUUUAGAAGCAUUUGGUAAACCCUUGGAGCAAACCUUAAAUGAUCCUUUGGUUCAGGAGAAUUUGGAUACAUAUGAAUCAAUUAAUACCAUGGACUCGAGUAUUGAAAAUGCUAAUGAGAUUAAUAGAGAAACAGAAUCGAUGGCAAAAGUUUACUCUGAUGAGGAAGUUAAUACAGAACACGAUAAACUCCCUCUAUAUGCAGUGCCAGAGAUCCAACUCGAUGACAGUUUAUCAAUUGCAGAAAAAAUUCUUGAAUCACAAGUAGACAGUUCUUCAAUAGGUGCUGUGGAUGAUAAAUACGAUGUUUCCCAUGAUCCAACAAAAAGUGAUAGCAAGGCUGAGCAACAAAAAACAGGUAAUGUGAAAAAAUCCGUAAAAAAAUUGAUCCAAAAAAAGAUGGAUGAAGUUAAAUCUAAAAAAGAAGACAUCGGCAAUGAUGAACUUGAAGUUGUAUUGGAGAAACCUAAUUCACCCGGCAAGACUGAUGAAUCUCAAAAGACAAGACGUAUAGUAAACAAACCUCUGAACAGGGAGGUUUUGACAAACCAUAAACAAAAUGUAAUUCAUGUGAAAGAGAGCAUUAGAAAUAUAAUAGCUCAGUUCAAAGAAUUUGAAAAAGAUUUAGCCACUGAAGAUUCAGUGUCUUUCAAGAAAGCGUCAGACGAGGAAUUCUUAGACCAGUCUGUGGAAGAUAACCACGAGAUUGAGGAGCGUUCGUUAGAAGAAAAUAAUGUUGAAACAGACGAGUACAUCAUAAAUGCACAGGGUAGUGGAAGAGUAAAAGAUGCAAGAGUGAGUUUGAAGGAAAUUAUAGAUCAAUUCAAAGAACUGAAGAAUGAACUGUCUUCAGACGAAGACGAUCGAUUUGAUCAAAUAUCUGCGGAUUAUAUCAACCGACCGAUAUCUGAGACACUUAUGCUAUUCAGUGAAGCAUUGAAAGACUUAGUUCUGCGUCGGAAAGAAAAAGCAGCUAUGUUGUCGUUAGAAAAAUACAAAUUUCCAAGAAAACAAAUAUCCAAUGAAGAUGAUUCACUGUCCGGUUUUACGAAAGAUAAUUUGAAGCCUGAGGUGAUCAGAAAGUCGAUGUCACAAAUGGAUGAAGUACCUGUUAUAGAAAGUCCAGAAAAUAGACCGCCCACUGUUUCCGUGCAUAAAAGACCACGCGAAACGCUUAUGGAUGAUGGGAAGAUUUUGACUGAAGCUGAUGAAAUAAAGUUUGAAAAACAUACCAAGAAAGAACAGCAGGAUGAGAGUAGGGCUUUGAAUGUCUGAGACUUGAUCUAUAACUAAUGAGUAGGGUAGGUAUUUACUGUCCUUAGAAGAGCGCAGUGCGCCAGGGAUCUAUGUAUACUACAUACCUUUCUCUCUGUGAUACCAAAGUUUUAAAUGUAAGUCAUGCUGAUAUUAUGCCGCGUACCAAUGUUAGAAGUCUGGUCCUACUUUGUACAUUUUUAGAGUUCAUAUGACACGAUACAAUCAGAAUUGAUCAAGAAGUUUCCUUCUACAAGAAUUGUUAUCAAACGCUUGGCAAAAUGGAGUUUAUCAUAUGGAAGCACUCCUAACAUUGGUACUCGAUUGGCUCAUUUUGAAGUGCCUUAAAAAUUACCUUACUAAAUCCUGUUGUGCGUGAGCUCUAAAGCUACCGUAUUAUGCAAAAUAUAUAGAUGUGAAGUGAAAUGUUGAGUAUCGCUAUGUGUUACGCAAAUAGUAAAAAAGCUCAUGAUUCUGUAAA